AUGACCUACAAAGAGGGUCCAACAAGCGAAAACACUUGGCGAGCAUGGCUGGCCAUCUCCGGAGCUUCGACCGGGCUUUUCUGCACCGUGGGCUUCCUGAACUCUUUUGGAAUAUUCCAAGAGUACUAUGCAACGAAUCAGUUGGCAGAAAGCUCUCAGUCGACCAUUGCGUGGCUCGGGGCAUCAUCGCUUUUCUUCCUGUUCUCAAUAUCUGUUGUUUCAGGUUCAAUGCUCGAUACAUUGGGCCCUAGGCUGCCAUUAUGCCUUGGAUCCAUUGGAACGGUUCUCUCGGUUAUGAUGACGUCUAUUUGCAAGGAGUUCUACCAGUUCUUGCUAGCACAGGGGGUGCUUCUUGGAAUCUCCAUGUCCUUAGUUACGUGGCCAAUGCUGGCUCUUGUCGGACAACAUAUAAAACGCAAACGUGCUUUAGCCAUGGGAAUUGUACUCGCUGGAUCAUCUCUCGGUGGGGUUAUCUGGCCCAUUGCCAUUGACAAGUUGUUGAAAAGUCCCAGAAUUGGCUUCCCCUGGACGAUGCGCAUCGUCGGAUUCAUCAUGAUUCCGUGCCUCGCUUUCUCUUGUGUUACUGCCAGAUCACCUAAAGUGCCCAGGAAAUAUGUGGAGAAUGCGAAUCCCUCUCAGAGAUUGACUAGCGACAACGCUAUCAACGAAACAAAGGAUAGAAAGAGGAAAACCGAGGUGAUCGCAUUGCUGCACAAGCCAGAAAUGCAACUUCUUUGCCUCGCCAUGUUCAUUACGUACUUCGGCAUGCUUUCACCCUUUUUCUAUACAACUUCAUACGCCGCCGACAAGAACUUUCCAUCAAGCUUUGGCUUCUACACGGUGUCGAUUGUCAACGGAGCGUCAUUCUUCGGUCGCAUCCUGCCUGGCAUUGUCGCUGACAAGUACGGAAAGUUUAACUGCUGUAUCAUCUCCACCCUAGUGGCAGGCAUUGUGGCACUAUGCUGGACAAAAGUGGAGUCAAUGGCGGGAUUGGGGGUUUGGGCUGCUGCUUAUGGGUUCGCAUCUGGGGGUAUCCUAUCACUUCAACAAGCAUGCGCUGCCCAAGUUGCUACUACCUCUACGUUGGGUCUGGCAAUAGGUACUGUUACUGGAUCAACCGCAAUAUCUGCUAUGGCAAAUGUUCCUAUCAGUGGAGCGCUAGUUGAAAAAUACGGAUAUACUUCGCUCUCGAUAUUUUCAGGAGUCUCACUGUUGCUUGGUGGCAUGCUGCUGAGUGCUGCACGUUUGGCGCAGAACAGAAAACUCACCGCCGUUGUUUAA